ACAAGUUUACCCUCCCUUCUUCUUCUUCACCAUCACCGUUGCUCAAUUUUCUCUCACCCUUUUUUUCUCUCCUUUCCCGCCUCCUCCUCCUCCUCCUCCUCCUCCAUCACCGUGGCUCUCGCUCUCUCACCCUUUUUUUUUCUUUCUCUCUCCUCCGCCUUCCUCCUUUCCUUCUUCCUCUUUCUUUUUCGUCCCCUUUCCUCUCAUUCUUCUUCAUCCUUCAAGAGAGCCCCAUCUGGGUUCUGAAGAAGGAACCCCGGCCCUCAUCUGAGAGACUUAAUGGAAGGGUAAUUGGGUUUUGUUGAAAUUUUUGGUAGGAUUCUAGGAUUAAUUUUAUGCAUAAAAGGGGAAGAGAAUUCCAGAUUAAAGUUUUUUUUCCCAUUGCAGAUCGAGUUCUUUUUCUUUCCUCCAUUUUCUCUAUUUCCCCUUGCCUUUUCGCAAAAAUAUGACAAUAGAAACCAAAUAAAUUUCAUUUCCCCUUUUUGAGGUUUUGCGUAGGUUAAAAACGUUCAUAAAAAGCACAGCCAGCAAAGAAUCGCACAUCCGAACGAACUAAGCUUAUUAGUCAAAUCGGUCAGGGAGAAGCAAAAAAACAGUAGAGAGAAAAGCCCACCACACCAGUAGUUGUAACACCACCACCACCAAUCAUCACAAUUCUGCUUAAAAGUGUCGAAGUCGUCGGUCGUCCCUGAGUUCGGGUGGGUGUUCGGUUGCCGUUUCAAUGAUGGGCUCAACGUUAGCGGUAACGGCGGUGAUGGUGAUGGCGGAGUGCUUGGAGGUGGCAUCGGCAAUGGUUGAGAUAAGAUUUCUGGCACGGUUAAAAGUAAAGUUACCCGCCACUGUCACUUCUACCAAUGACGUAGAACUUGAUGUUACUGACCAAACUCCCACCAGUGACGACGAAGAAGGCCCCCACGAGAGGAACAUUGGAAAACGAGCAGUUGGUACACUUUGUGGAUUGCGUUUAAAGGUCCAAGAGUUCUUUGGAAUAAAACAAAUUCGUGAUUUGAAAUUGAGGCAUCUUUAUGCAGAAAAAGUUCUUUGCUGUAUGUGUAAGCAUGCUUCAACUUUUGAAUUGAGUCGUCAUCGUGAUGAUUAUGCGGUGGGUGAGGCACUCUUUAAAGCUACCAAAAAAGGGAUUGAUAAAUUUGUCACUGAGCUAUGGAAAGCCAACCCAGCAUUUGGUUUUAUAACUAAUCAAGAGAACAGACUCGCUUUAAUGGUUGCAGUCCAACAUCGUCAAGAAAAAGUUUUCAACCUCAUUUAUGGCCUUAAUAAGGCAUGGUGGGCUGAAAAUCUUAAUAGAGAAGAUUCAGAUGGGAACAAUAUUUUACAUGUGGCAGGGGUGUUGGCUCCUAGUUUUGAACGUGUUGGAAUCUCUAGUCCAGCAUUACAAAUGCAGAGAGAGCUACAAUGGUAUAAGGAGGUGGAAAGAAUUGUUCCAGAAUGGUGCAAAGAAGCUAAAAAUAAAAAUGGUGAAACCCCUAAGGAUGUAUUUACCGAGAGCCACAGGGCAUUAGUAAAAGACGGGGAGAAAUGGAUGACGGACACAGCAAGUUCUUUUAUUAUUCUCAGUAUUCUCCUUGUUACCAUUAUGUUCGCAGUAUCUUUUACUGUUCCAGGCGGCAACAAUCAAAAUAAUGGAUUACCCAUACUCAUAGGCAAAAAAUUAUUUAAGAUAUUUAUAAUAACCGAUGCAAUAUCCUUCUUUGCUGCAUCUACUUCAGGUUUAAUGUUUUUGGGAAUUCUAACGUCGCGCAAAGAUGAAGAAGAUUUUCAUGUGUCCUUACCCCAGAAGUUGAUGAUAGGCCUUAUCACUCUUUUUAUUUCCAUUGCAACAAUGAUGGCUAGCUUUUGUACUGCUCUUUUGAUUAUGCUACAAAUUCAACUGUGGGCGUUAAUUCUCAUAAUUUUGGCGGCUAUUAUUCCAACUAUGGUUUUUGGAUGGUUGCAGUUUCCCCUCAUUUGUGAAAUUAUUGUCUCAACAUGUUCUCAGGGAAUCUUUAAGAGGAAAAUGAAGCCUUGGCUGGUCAAUUUACAAGAAAGUUGAUUCAUCUUUAAUUUUGGGACAGUUUCCCCUCUAGGUUGAAAUUCUAUAGCUUGUUUGGUUAAUUAGUUGUGUUGGAACUCUCAAUUUCUGUGUUUUAUUGGUUGUAUUUUAACAUUUCUUGGUUUUUGUGAGGCUGUGAUUUGAAUACAUGUACCCUCCCUCG